AUGCGAUCCCUAGGGCGACGGGUUCUGGCGAAAGGUCAGCGUGAUACACCUGAACACCCAGUGAAGAAGGCCUUCCCUUCCGGCAUCAAACAGCUUUGCGGUCCCGUUGACGGCACAGUCGACAUCGUAUUCGUCCACGGCUUGAACGAAGAUCGCGAUGCAACGUGGACUGCCAGAGAUGCCACCGAUCCCUGGCCUAAAACCCUCCACCCACUCAUAUUUCCGACAAUCUGCAUACUUACAUUUGGAUACGACGCGUAUGGGGAUCACGGGCGAGAUGUAAUGUUGCAGGAGCUUAUCGCCAAUCAUGCGAGGAGUCUGCUAGAAUCUCUUUCGUCGUAUCGAGUUGACCAGACGGAUGAGCGACCGAUCAUUUUUGUAUGCUCUGGCUUCGGCGGACUGGUCUGCGACAUGGCCUUAAACUCCUCGAGGCAUCAUCCGGAGCGUUAUUUUAACAAUGUUUUCCGCUCCACCCGCGGUGUUAUCUUCCUUGACACGCCGAACCAUGAGGUUGGACGAGCGAGUUGGGCCGAGGCGAUGUUUUUAUCCACGAGCCUUAUCGAGCAGACGAAUUCCGAACAUGACAACAACCUCAGACGCGAUUUCGAGGUGAUUAGCGACAUUCAAGACCGCUUUUUUAACCUGGUCAACGAGCACAGCUCAGAAAUACAGCCACAGGUCGAGGUUCUUUAUUUAUACGAGGAAUCACCCAAUUUAGUCGCGACCAAACCCUCGGCCAUCACGGCUGACCACACCCCGGACCAUACCCUAAUCGAAAUUCACGGCCAUGUUGAUAUGACCAAGUUCACCAACGUCGAGGACCCUGGAUUUGUGGCUAUUUGCGUUGCCAACCAAUACGGCGAGAGCAGUCGUCAAUAUAAUUUGAUCGGCGGAGGCUCGCAGAAAAUCGUGGAAGGCCAAUAUUUCGUGGCGAGGGGGCAUCAGCAUUUCGAUAGCCCCUGGUCAAUGCCCUCGAAAGACACGCCAGACCAGCAACCCCCGCCUUACAAAUAA